AAAUUUCGAUUGGUUGGCAUCGAAACGAGUGGUGUGCAUCCAUCUUUUCGAUAACCGUUUAUAUACUGUCUGAUAUUUUUAUUACAUAAUAAUAGCCAAAAACAGUAGAAACGUGCGAAAUGGCGUUGAGAUCGAUCUGCCGGCUGUCAAUUGAUUUGACUUUCAGCCAUACGUGCCAUUUGCGAGCCACCGCCCGCCCGAGUCGACCGUUCCCGGUUACGUUCGUGCGAAAUUUUGCAAAAGUCGCCAAGAAAAUGAGUUUGCCAAGAGUUUAUUUCGACGUCGUUGCCGAUGAUAGGCCCAUGGGCCGUAUCGUUAUGGAGUUGAGAUCCGACAUAGUUCCUAAAACUGCUGAAAACUUCAGGGCUCUCUGUACAGGAGAGAAAGGUUUUGGUUAUAAAAAUAGCAGCUUCCACAGAGUGAUCCCUAAUUUUAUGUGUCAAGGUGGUGACUUUACUAACCAUAAUGGCACUGGUGGUAAAUCAAUUUAUGGAAAUAGGUUUGAAGAUGAAAACUUUAUUUUGAAACACACGGAAACUGGAACUCUUUCUAUGGCAAAUGCUGGACCAGAUUCCAAUGGUAGCCAAUUUUUCAUUACUAGUGGAAAGACCAGUUGGCUUGAUGGCAGGCAUGUUGUGUUUGGAAAAGUCAUCGAAGGAAUAGAUGUUGUUAGGAGGAUGGAAGCCAUGGGUUCGCAAAGCGGACAAACAUCCAAAAAGCUUGUGAUACAGGAUUGUGGACAAUUGUAGAUCGUUUGACUAGCUACUGUAUUGACUAGCUACUGUAAUGACUACAUUUUUGUUUAGCUGUUGCAAAUAUUAACGUCUUUAUUAUUACCCUAAUCAUAUUUUUUGUCUAAAUGUCACUUUUAUUUUCAAUGUCAAUGCAUUUACUCUCCUUUUAAUGAAAAUAACACGACUUGUAAGUAAGAGAAGGAUUUGCAUCCAUUUGAUAACUUCAGUCAGUAUAUACAAUUUGGGUGACAAAAGGUUGGAUGAAUUUUGCAAAAAUUCAGUAAUGUAGUAGAAGAGUAUACAUAUCCUCUCUGAUUUUGUUUCUGCAUUUAUUUGUACGAACGUGUUUGACCUGUAUUUUUAUAAAUGACACAUUACAUUAUGAUGUCAAAUCCACAUUCUUCCGUAAAAUGUUGAUCUAUGCAUGAUGUAUUAUUAAAAGAAAAGUGUGUUCAUCUCGUACGUUUACAGUAAUUCUUCUAUACCAUUGAUUUAUUUUAAUUUUAAAAUAAAUAAUGUUUUUUAUUUUUGAUUAUAUAGAAAUUUAGUAAACAUUUGGAUAAUAUAUUUUAACGAUGCAUUAAUGUCUAUAGUAUCAAUCUAUAUAGUAUCAAUUUUUCUAUUGUGCUUUUGCAUUUGACUAUUCUAUAGACACGUGUUUUUAUUUUUCAGUAUAAAUGUCGUUUUUAUACCUAUGAAUCAAUCCUUUGUAUGAGGUGUGGUGGUGGUGGUGGUAUUAUAAUAAUCGAUAUUUACUUGAUUGUUAGAAAACUAUAACGCAGGCAUUAAAUUGUGAGUUAUUUGAAAUUUCUUGUAGAGCACCAGCGUCGAAAAAAAAUGUAGAUGCAACAGUUUGAAUAGUUCCGAUUUCUGUAAAAUAAAAUUGUUCUCAGAAAUCUA